GACUGCGCCAGCCUCUACUCAUCGCGCGCACCGUGCACGCCUCCUCUGCUCGUGUCUGUGGUCCUCUCCCAAGACAGAUGUUGAUAUCCCAGAGCCGCUACCCCCUGUCAACCACAGAGCCGUUCGGAGCUCAGAGGUACAAGGAUGCGACGCCACAAGUUCUGUUCUGUUGGCUUCUACAUCUUAAUCGCCCUCACUUUCAAAGAGUCUCUGCAGGGCGAGCACCAGAGGAGGCUGUACAAGGAGCUGCUGGCCAACUACAACCGUCUGGAGCGGCCUGUGGUCAACGACUCCACCGCCAUCCUGGUGGAGCUGGGCCUCACGCUGCUGCAGAUCAUUGACGUGGAUGAAAAGAACCAGGUCCUGAUGACCAACUCCUGGCUCCAGCUGCACUGGACAGACGCCUACCUGACCUGGAACCCGGACAACUAUCCAGGCGUUCAGAACCUGCGCUUCCCCUCGGACCAGAUCUGGACCCCUGAUAUCCUGCUCUACAACAGUGCUGACGAGCGUUUCGACGCCACCUUCCACACCAACGUUCUGGUGAAUGCGUCGGGCCACUGCCAAUACAUCCCGCCGGGCAUCCUGAAGAGCACCUGCUACAUCGACGUGCGCUGGUUCCCCUUCGAUGUGCAGAAGUGCGACCUGAAGUUCGGCUCGUGGACCCACAAUGGCUGGCUGCUGGACCUCCAGAUGCUGGAGGUGGACACCUCCACCUACAUCCCCAAUGGGGAGUGGGACCUCGUGGGUGUGCCAGCCAAGCGAAACGAGCUGUACUACGACUGCUGCAAGGAGCCGUACCCGGAUGUGACCUUCACGGUCACCAUGCGGCGGAGGACACUGUACUACGGCCUCAACCUGCUCAUCCCCUGUGUCCUCAUCUCCGGCCUGGCCCUGCUCGUCUUCCUGCUGCCCGCCGACUCUGGGGAGAAGAUCUCCCUGGGGAUCACUGUGCUGCUCUCGCUGACGGUCUUCAUGCUGCUGGUGGCAGAGAUCAUGCCGGCCACGUCUGACUCUGUGCCUCUGAUCGCCCAGUACUUUGCCACGACCAUGAUGAUCGUGGGGAUGUCUGUGGUGGUGACCGUCAUCGUGCUGCAGUUCCACCACCACGACCCCCACGGAGGGAAGAUGCCGAAGUGGGUGCGGGUGGUGCUCCUGAACUGGUGCGCCUGGUUCCUCCGCAUGAAGCAGCCAGGGGAGGAGCCUAGGCGGCCCGAUAAGGUGCGGUACGGCCGACCCGCCCCCAGCUCCUCCAGCGCCUCCUCCAUGGAGAUGACCCCCCUGCCCGGCGGCCCGCCGCUCAGCCAGCCCCCCCUGGGCCCCUGCCCCUCCAUGGGGGGCACCUCCAACGGCUCCAUGAACCUCUACUUCUCGGGCUACCACCCCGUGGAGAGCCCCCGCUAUCCCCCCUCCAGCGACUCGGGCAUGGCCCUGGGCCCCGGGCCCCACGCCCACGGAUCCCUGAGCGAAGAGGCGGAGCCAGGGGGCGGGGGGGCGGGGGUCGCCAUGGGGAUGGGGCCGCUAAUGGCCCCUCCUCCGGAGAUCCAGCGGAUCCUGGAGGAGGUGAGCUACAUCGCCCAGCGGUUCCGGGACCAGGAUGAGGCGGAGGUGAUCUGCAGCGAGUGGAAGUUUGCGGCGGCGGUGGUGGACCGGCUCUGCCUGGUGGGCUUCUCCCUGUUCUCCAUCAUCUGCACCUUCACUAUCCUCAUGUCUGCACCCAACUUCAUAGAGGCCGUCUCAAAGGACUUCACAUAACGGGAGGAGGAGGAGGAGGACGAGGACAAGGAGGACGAGGAGGAGGAGGACGAGGACAAGGAGGACGAGGAGGAGGACGAGGAGGAGGAGGUGGAGGAGGACGAGGUGGAGGAGGAGGAGGAGGAGGAAGAGGUGGAGGAGGGGGUAGGAGGAGGAGGAGGAGUUGGAGGAGGGGGUUGGACACAGAGAAGGAGCAAGAUUGAGGACAAGGGGGAGAGAGUUCGGCUCAGAUGAUUGAGGCGUGUGGAGGGGGGGCUGUUGUUCCAGCCCCCCCCUGGACGGCCAACCUCUGGGAAGGUUCUCUCAGGCUUCAAAGCCGUCUCCAGAGCAGGAGAGAUGUCUCCAGUGUAAGGAUUUAAAAUAAUCUCUGUGACCACUUGGAAACAAUGGCGUAUUGAAGGAGGCUGUGUGUUACUGUCUCCACUUUAUACAUAUUAACAGUCUGCAGGAUCCUCUGCCUGUUGUAAACCAGAGAGAGUGAGAAGAGACGGGUAGAGAGUAUUUAUAGUAUAUUGUUUAGUAUGGGCAUACUGAAUAUAAUGGGAGAAUGUGUUAAAAAGGAGGAGGGGACACAGGGAGGGCUGGUUCAGUCCUGGCAUCACAGGUUGUUUCAGGUGAGGUGCUCACAGCAUCAGUAAUACAUAAUGAGUAAACAACUCCUCUGAGAUACACUAAGAAACCAUGGAGCGGCAUAUACCGAGUGUUGUCUGAAUAACAUGAAGGUACAUAUCGCUAGAGGUUAUCUGGAUGCAUGUAAACUGCCAUUUCCCUGUGUGGAAAUAUAAACUUUCUUAUAACACCACCAAUUAGAGGCAGCUGGCCAGGUUACCUGAGCCAAAAGGAAGAUAAAAAGACCUUGGAGAAUAUAGUCUGAUGUAUAUUGUUAUUUUUAUAUUGUGGUCAAUGAAAGCAGCUGUGCAUUCUAAUGCCAGCUCAGACUGCAAUCCAUCUUCAAUCUGGAUCUGGAUCCAAAACUCCAAAACUGGUCCCUGGCUGAACAAGGUCAAUAAUAUUGAUCACAACUUUGGUUAAGGAUUGCCACAGCCAAUAAAUAGACAGAAAAACACAAAAGCCCUAUACAUAUUUAUAUUGUUAUGAAACUAUAUUGCAAUUAUCUCUUGGUUUUAUCCCCUUAUGUUCUACACAACAGCUCUGUUUCUGGUUCUGUUUGAAGCUAAUGUUGUACAAAAGCACCUGAUCCACACCUCUGAGCAGCUCCGUCUGUGAGCCGUCUGAAUCCGCCUCCUCAACGGAGUCAGAUCUAAAUGAAAGUUUGGCGAUGUUUAGCGUGACGGGUCCUCUCUGCUCGUCUGGAGCGGAACGUCUGAGAUUAACGGGCCUGGUUGGAGCUGACUCCACAUAUGGAUGCUCUCAUGUAGGUCCUCAUUUAAAUGAAGUGACCUGGUUGGAGCUGACUCCACAUACACACAUGUAGAAUAUUCCACUCAGCACAGUUUGGAGAACGAUGCAAGUCUCUGGUCUUGGUAGUUUCUUUUGACGAUAUUAUGAGUAGCAAAUCACUAUAUGUGUAACUCUGUGUGCUGUAUUGACUGGGGGGCUAUAGGUGCCACAUAUUGUGUCUUGCAAUCUGGACUCAAGUAUAUAGACGUAAAUCUGGAUGUUAGAUGUUAGACUGUAUCUAAUAUUUUACAUGUCAGAAUUAUGCAUGUUGUUUUACUUGCAGUACAUGUGCUGCAGAAAACCCCUUCACAUUGCCUAACCAUCCAGCUUUGAGGCAGAGGUUGACAUUCUAAGCCGAAUGCUGAAUGGCUGGUUUUCACUGUAGAACUCACCUAAUGAACAGGUUGUUAAUUACAGACAAAUUUAAUUGAAUUAUGACCUGUUAACACCUGCAGCCUGCAGUUAAUCACUGUAUGUAGAGCUAAACAUAAACAACCUUAUGAUAAUGGUAGUAUAUUAUUGUUCUUCCUAUUAUUAUCAUUUUAUUAUUAUUCACACAGAGGGUGAUGUGUUUUUGUGGACGGGCUCGAGAGAAGAAAGGAUUCAACAAUGAACAAUUAGAGCUUUUCAAGUGAACGCUGAAACCUCCGCAAUAUUAAUUGACAAUAUCACUUUUUGAACAUCCUGCGAGGACACGAUGGCAGUUCUGAUGUAGAAUCUUUCUCUCACCUCAGUUUCUCUUUUCAUGACUUCAAUUUCCUUGUUAUUAUCUGCUAAUAAAAACUAUUUGUUGGUUA